AUGAGGUUUCAAUUGCUCAUACAUGCGGCUGUAGUCAGUCUAGCAGUGGCUCUGGUACCCGAAGACCGGAGAUCACUUCGUCGAGACGUCAUUUCAGAUCGUGACGCUGCUUCAGAAAUCGCCAGGCCGGUUGUUGUCGCAAACGCCGCCAACAUGAAUGAGAAGACGGGUCUUCAUGAGGAGUCCCACGCCAAGAGGGACACAUCUGGCUUGCUUAAUUUAGCUCCUAACAAUGCCGCCUUCAGUCAGUCGUUCAAUUAUGCGACAAAGAAUGCUAACAAGAAGAAUUGGAUCGGCAUCUACCCAUCCAGCGUCACUGGACCUGACAACGAGACUUACACCGAAGACUCUUUGUCAUGGGAUUAUGCCCCUGACGAUAAGGGAACAGUACAGUUGUCAACUGCCAAUUUGCCUCCUGGCCAGUACAAGGCUUACUUCCUCGCCAAUGAGGGCUAUAAAUGGCUAGCCAAGCCUGUCGAGUUCAAAGUUGAGAAUCCAUGGGGCUCUAUUUCAGUCAACGUUGAUGCUCCAGCAUUGACCUUCAAUUAUUCGACUCCCCAUCCUGACCCGAAAAACUGGAUUGGAAUCUAUCAGUCCUACGGCGGCGGGCCAGAAUCACAAAAGUUCAACAGUGGCUCUUUGACCUAUGAAUAUGCACCAGAAGCAAAUGGCACUGUGAAGGUGAACGCCACAAAUUUACAGCCUGGUCUGACUUAUCGAGCCUUCUUUCUCGCCAAAGGCGGAUACAAGUGGCUGGCCAGCCCGAUUGAUAUGGUCAACCCGGGCGACGGGCCCCUGAAGUUCAUCACUGACCAGCUAACCACUCACAAUGCUCGGGAAGGCGAGCCCUUCCAGGCCACUCUUGGUGGGAUGCUGGAGAACCCCCGUGAUACGCGCAGCAGAUUCGCCAAGGGCAAGUCCAAUGCUACUGAUACAAGCACCAAUGGCUGGGUCAAUAUUUCCACUGAAGGAAUUAUCAGUGGUACACCGCCCAAAGCAUCUGGAAACUCUACUACCAAAUUCGUUGUCGAGGCUUUGGGUUCUGAUGGAUCCACCGCUGAAAUCACGGUGGCCAUCCCAAUCGUCCCACAAGGCGAAGCCAUGGUCAGCACGCUAACUGUGUUGUCUUUCAACCUGUGGUUCGGAGGUACCCCGGUGAAGAACUACCAUGCAAAGCAGGUACGGUUCAUUACAGAGAGUGGAGCGGAUAUUGUAGGUCUCCAGGAGAGCACUGGAGGUCAUGCAAUCCGCCUUGCGAAGGCUAUGGGCUGGGACUACUGGCAGGGCAAUGAUGUUGGCAUUAUCUCCCGCUAUCCCAUGGUGAAGCAGUAUGCUCCAGUCGAAGCUGCUGGUUCUGUGCGUAUCGCCUUGGAUAGGGGACACGAAAUUAACUUCUGGAACUGCCAUCUUGGGUACACGCCUUAUGGCCCGUACGAUUUCUGCUUCGACCACAUGUCCCCUGAGGAGGUUCUAAAGAACGAAGAAAAGUCUCGCCGCACACCUCAGAUUGUCAACAUCAUGAAACAUAUGCAGGAUCACCUUUCCAGCUACAGCAACAUCCCCGUUAUCUUCACUGGUGAUUUCAAUGCGCCAUCGCAUCUGGAUUGGACCAACGCUACCAAAAAGCUUCAUUGCGGAACAGGAUACUUCCCCUGGCCUACGUCGAAGCACCCCGUCGAUGCUGGCCUGGUCGACUCCUUUAGAGAAGCCAAUAGUGACCCCUUGACCGAACCCGGCAUCACGUGGUCACCAAUUUUCCUUAACAACGAAGGCCGAGUUGAACCAAAAGAUCGCAUUGACUUUAUCUAUCACAAGGGGUUGAAGACCAUUUCGUCCGAAGCUGUGGUGGUGGGCAAGCCUAGACCGCAACCAGACCACGAGAACAACGAAUGGCCAUCCGAUCAUGCCGCCGUGAAGACUGUCUUCAAAGUAGGAAAGAACAGCUUUGUUGAGCCGGGCAAUUCCCGUGUGCUCUGGGGUGUAAUUAGUGCCAUCAUUGCUGCUACAGCAGCAUGUGCAUCCUGGAUUGUGUGCGCGUGUGUUCGCAAGCGCAAGUCAAACAAAGAUGCAGAGGAGAAGGCAAGAAAGCCCAGUGAUUCGGGUGAUACAUCUGGAGAGACAUCCGGUUAG